ACUAAACGGUUUCAGUGUACAUAGUAGAGUUGAACCUUGCCACACGAGCCAUGAAAUAUAGAUUUGUACCUAUUUCCUUACAAAAUUAGGGGUAUUUGUUAAUUUUGUAGGGUUAAGUUUUAAUGGGGAACAUUUUUUAGAAAAAUUUCGAGCUAAAUUCUCAAAAUACAAGAUUAAUCUAAAGAAUUUGGUAAGAAAUAAAGGACGAAGUAAUAAAACGAAGGGUUCGAGCUUAGCAAAACUUAUAAUUUGUGAGAGGUUUAUUAAUUAUUACAAAAUUCCCAACCAUUAACUACGUACAUAUUUUUGAUUUUAUGUCAACAUAGUUAAUGGAAUAAUUAAAAUUAGCAGUGAACAAUGGUUCCUGUCUGACUCAUCACACCAUUCAUGAAAAACGUGACGUAAUACUUGUGUAAAAAUUGUCCUCGUCAAUGUCACUAAUUAGCACUACGGGACGGAAUACGUAGCAAGUGAAUAGUGCGCAAACCGUCUCAACUCAACCCUUUCUGGAAAUUUGCAUACAAAUAAAUGGAAAAUGUGUCACAGAAAAAGUCUCGGAAAUUAUAAUUAUAAAUUCAUGCAAUUGUGGUUAGCUAAACACAAUUAGUUGUCUAAUUUACCCAAUGACAAGUUCAAGCUGAAAUCUCCAUCCAACCAUUAAUUACUUCCCUGAACUGAACAAUAAUAAUAUUUAAUAAGCACAUACUUAAAAUAAAAAAGUGCGAUUGAGCGAGUGCAUGUUUGCCCUUCGUUUCGUGUAAGAGAAUCAUAAUAAUUGUCAUGUUUUCAUCAGUACAAUAAAAAUACGUAUGUAUAACAAACAACGUCUCGUGCAUAUGCAUGCAGUGAAUCCUUUACUUAAUAAUGUGAACAGUGUUAAGAAAUUCUUUGCGAUAAAGCGAACUAAAAAAACAUUUAAUUCUCACGAUUCAUGGUUUGUUUUAGUUUUUCUGUUUUUACAUAAACUUCAAGUUACGAACGAUGCACCAACAACCAUCUUCGUCCAGCCUGUAAAGAAGAUAGCAAGUGACGUGAAGAAGGGGGAUUGGAUUUAGCAAGAUUUUGCUUAUUUUGCAUGCAUAGUUUCGCAACAUCAAAGGGUUGUUGAUGCUGCAUGCAAGUUGUUGUGUCUGCUUACCUUCAGAAGAAGAAGAGCUAAAUACUACUUACUUACUACAGCAAAUACUUAAUAAUAAUACCAUCAUCGUAACGUAACGUUUUAACUCUGGAUUUUUUAGUCGGAUUAUAAAGAAGAAAUCAAGUUUUCCGUGUGCACGACCGUGUUGUAUGUGGUUCCCAGCCAGCUAGCGUCAUCAUUAAAAUAUGAUGAGAAAAGUAUACUGUACUGUAUGAUUUUAUAAUAUGAGGGAUACUUCUGGAUUGGAUUGUUCACCUUGUUCUUUGAUAUGAAUAAGCUGGGUUGGUUGGUUUGCUGGUGGUGUGAAUAAUUAUUAUUGUUCUCCAAAUUACUCACCUGACUUGAAAAUAUUUGGAUUUAGAAAGUUUGUUGAUGCAUUUCGUUUCGUGGAAUUGACCUGGACGGUUUUGGUUCAGAGUCCAAAAUUGAAACUAUUUUGUGCAACAAAUACAUAUAUCCAAUACAAGAAAAGGGUUGAACUUUGCGAUUCAUGGAGUGAAGUGGAGUGCAAUUUUGUUGAAAAACAAAAAAGAUCCCAAAUUGGAAAGGACCUUUUUUAGGAUAGACUUAAUUAUUGCGUAAGAAGUCGACUUUUGAGCAAUAAAGCGGAGAGAUAUUUUGUUUUGUUUGGAAAAAGAAGAAGAUGAAGGAGUUGGAUACCUUUGUAAAGAUUGUGGUAAUCGGGGACUCCAAUGUGGGUAAAACUUGGUUCCUCUCAACGUUCGUGAACAACCACAAAUUACCUGAAAAAUGUGAACCUACGCUAUUUGACAACCUAUCGACACAAUUUGUAUUUCAUGGGAUUGAAUACGAGCUAAGUUUGUGGGACACUUCUGGGGCUCCUGAACGGAAGAAGCUACGAUGUCUUUCUUAUCAAGAUGCCGACGUGUUUAUCAUGUGCUACUCAAUUGAUAACCGAAGUUCCUAUGAUAAUAUACGGUUCCGAUGGCUGAAAGAAUUACGGCGUCGGUGUCCCGGCGUGCCAAGGAUUUUGGUCGGUUUAAAAAGCGACCUUCGUUCAAAACUGACUUAUCCAUUGUUACCAAAGGAUGGCGAAAUUUUACAAUUCGAUAUCCAGGCUUCAGCCUUUUUUGAGUUUUCGAUAACUACGCCAAAGAAGCAUGCAGAUAUAUUCGCGGAAGCUGUAAGACUCGCAUUGCUGAAGAAGGUGCAUGUCCGGAGGCAGUCAUGUUGUAUGCAGUAGUUUUAAUUAAAUAUACCAAUAAUUACUUGAAGGGGUUAUGUUUUAGGAUGGUAAAUAAAUAAAUAGGUGACUGAUUUAUAUAUUUA